UUUCACCACAACUUCCCUCUUGUCUGCCUCUGAUGUGCUUUUCACAUCUGUUCACUGAAAGUCUUCUUUGGAGGUGUGUGUCCAGUGAGGUUGUAUUCGAGCAAAGCCCAAGUUUUGAAUGAGGAUGAUGAUGAAGGUGGGAUUGCCGUUCUCUCUUCUUUCUCUUUGGCUCAGCUUCGGCAUUGCUGAUGCAGUGAGCUUAAAAGAGCCGCAGAUAUGCUACAUCUUGGACGCGGUUCUGUUCGUCUAUGGGAUUGUUCUCACUGUCCUGUACUGCAGAAUGAAGAUGCGAAGUAAACAAGCCGGAAGACAGUCAUAUUCAGGGAAGAAAGAUGCCGGCGAAGGGGUUUAUGAGGGUCUCAAGCCUCAUGAUCAGGACACGUACGAGACCAUCAAAAUGAAACAAGGAAAAGCAUAAGACUCAAAGGUCAAGAAUAAGACUCAAAGCAAAAGGAGGGAAAGAAGUUUCUGGACUUUGUACCAUUGUCAUCUUAAGCAUGUCGCACCUGUAAAUAAGCUUUCAAUCACAAGAAGAAAAUGUCGUGUUUAUAACUUUUGGUAAUCACUAGCAUAGAUGUAAUCAAAUAAUCAAAUGUCUACUUUUUUACUUGUUUAAUAAUUUAAAUAGUUACUUGUUUUCAUGUUUAAUGAAUGUAUUUUUCAGUUCGCCUUUUAAACUACAUGUUUAGCUUCUAACAUGUAUACCACACUGCGUGUCACUAUUUUCAAGGCUAACUUCCUGCUCAAGCUUCUGUAGCAACAUGCCACCAACCCCACAGAGUCCGAGUCAUUUCCUGUUUUAAAGAAUAAAUGAGUGGUCUGACAAAAAGUGCAUCUGUCUUUGACCACAUGUGUGAGAGAUGGAAACAGAGGUAUGUUUGAUUGUAUAUGUGUAGGCCUUUUUUUUUCCAUUGGUUUAAGACUGAGCGUUCGUAUCGUUUUGCUCUGAGACUAUUUUUUUUUUCUGCUACAUGUGGCAUCUAAGAGAACAACUGUAUGUGUAUGAUACAAAAAUUAUACCACUGAUGUCAGUAUUUACUUUAAGAAUUACAAUAUAGACUUGAGUUUGUAAGAAUUUAUUAUAAGAGUUUAAAUGCAUUAAAUACUUCCAAAAAUUGUAA